CUCUCCUCCAGCUGUCGUCCUAAAUUAGCUGAGCUCUGUGAAAGGAGAGCCGUUUCAACUGACCCCUUCUGCUCCUUGAAGCUCCAGCCAUCCGUGACACCCAAAUGCUGUCUGUCUUUCAUCAAACCGGUCACUUCUGGAGGAAAAUGGACUUGGAGUGAAGGACGGCCCUUUAUGUGGGCUGACUCCCUCUAGGACGACUCUGAAACUAGUUGAGAUAGCUGGCCUGGGACUCAAAUGGGUGACCUAUGACAAUGUAACCGAUAAGGGGACUUGAUUUCUCGUUUUCCCAAACAGCUGCAAGCAGGAUAUGAGCUUUAGCCGUGGGUAUCGGUGAUAAAACGAACCUUCCAUCGCUUGAGGCCUCCUCUAACGUCAUGCAGUCAUCUGAGGAAUUGUUUAGCAGGAAGCUGAAAGCAUUGAAUGGGAGUAUGGGACAUCCAGGGGGCAACACGCAGGGCAAGCUGGAAGGGGGUGGCAAAACGAACGGGACACCUGCUAUGCCUAAAAUGGGGGUGCGAGCCAGGGUGACGGACUGGCCCCCGAAAAAGGAGGGUUGGGAAAGCCGAGGCGGACCCAACUACGAGACUGUCAUUACGGCCUUUCAGAAUGGACAGCCAGACCAGAGUGUGGAGAUCACGGAUUUGGGUGAAGCACCAUUGGAGCCUGAUUAUUCGGAUACAAAAUAUUCCCUGAGUGACCUUUUGAGUCGAUCCCCUUUGAAGGGACUCCAUCCCAUUCGCCAACGGAGUAACAGUGACGUGACCAUCAGCGACAUCGAUGCAGAGGACAUAAUGGACCAGAACGCCGUCAACCCCAACACCGGCGCCUCGUUGCAUCGGGAGUACGGCAGCACAUCUUCGAUUGACCGGCAGGGUCUUGGGAACGAUGGGUUCUUUACUAUGUUGCGAGGAUAUCAGAUUGACAACUUGGACCAUCGCAGCGCCCCACCUGCCGGCUUCCCAGAGCUCCUUCGCUACGACACAACCCUCUCCCCAAGCUUGCAGACCGCCGCCCAGAUAGCCCGCGGCGAGAUCGUCCGCAUCUCCGGCUAUGACUACGUGGACAGCUCCCUUCUCUACAGCCGAGAAAGGGAGAAGUCCUUCAUGUGCCGUCUCAAGUCGGAAUCAUCCGAGACGUCGCUUUUCAGGAAGUUGAGGACUAUAAAGAGCGAGAACGAUGGUCUGCGGCUCUCCACCGAGCAAGACGAACGCCGGCCGCUCAGCUUCCAGAAGUGCUUUGCUCACUAUGACGUCCAGAGCGUCCUCUUCAACAUCAGCGAAGCGGUGGCCAAUCGCGUAAGCCUCAGCCAAAGGAAGAACACCACCACCGGAGCUUCUGCCGCCUCCCAAUACCAAGUCCCAGGAGGUGGACAAGUGGGUGGGAAUACAACUGGACCUGUAUCUAUGUUCGAAUUUCCGCUAGGAAGUCGGGAAGACCUCAAUCCCAAGGAGAACCUGGAUGCGGAUGAGGGGGAUGGGAAGAGCAAUGGAUUGGUGCUAAAUUGCCCGCAUUUUCGCAAUGAGAUUGGUGGAGAAGGGGAGAGGAAGAUAUCUCUAUCCAGGGCCAACAACGCCACCUACAGCGCUGGAGUAGAAAACUGCUCGUUCGAGUCCUCCUUGAGCUCCCACUGUACCAACGCUGGCGUGUCUGUACUGGAGGUGCCACGAGAAAGCCAGCCAAUCCACCGGGAAAAGGUCAAGCGGUACAUCAUCGAGCACAUCGACCUGGGAGCGUAUUAUUACCACAAAUAUUUCUAUGGGAGAGAGCACCAGAACUACUUCGGCGUGGAUGAAAGCUUGGGUCCGGUGGCCAUCAGCGUACGGAGAGAAAAGCUGGAUGAUGGGAAAGACAAGGAGGCGUCGCAGUAUAACUAUCGCAUCACCUUCAGGACCAGUCAGUUAACUACCUUGCGCGGGGCGAUUCUAGAGGACGCUGUGCCCUCCACGGCGAGGCACGGGACGGCCCGCGGUCUCCCGCUGAAGGAGGUGCUGGAGUACGUGGUUCCUGAGCUGAACAUCCAGUGCCUCCGACUGGCCAUCAGCUCACCCAGAGUCCCAGAGCAGCUCCUCAAACUGGACGAGCAGGGGCUGAGCUUCCAGCACAAAGUGGGCGUCCUGUACUGUAAAGCGGGGCAGAGCACAGAGGAGGAGAUGUACAAUAAUGAGAACGCCGGCCCGCCGCUGGACGAGUUCCUGGAUCUGCUCGGUCAGAGAGUCCGGCUGAAGGGCUUCACCAAGUACCGAGCACAGCUGGACAACAAGACGGACUCCACCGGCUCUCACUCGCUCUACACCACCUAUAAAGACUAUGAGCUGAUGUUCCACGUGUCCACACUCCUGCCCUACACUCCCAACAACAGACAGCAGUUGCUCAGAAAGAGACACAUAGGAAAUGACAUCGUCACCAUCGUGUUUCAGGAGCCCGGUGCCUUGCCCUUCACACCCAAAAACAUCCGCUCCCAUUUCCAGCAUGUGUUCGUCAUCGUUAAAGUUCACAAUCCGUGCACUGAGAACGUCUGCUACAGUGUUGCGGUAUCCAGAUCGAAAGACGUGCCUCCGUUCGGUCCUCCCGUUCCUAAAGGCGUGACCUUUCCCAAGUCAGCCGUCUUCAGGGACUUCCUGCUGGCCAAGGUGAUCAACGGGGAAAACGCGGCGCACAAAUCGGAGAAGUUUCGUGCCAUGGCGACCCGCACGCGGCAGGAGUACCUGAAGGACCUCGCGGAGAACUGCGUGAGCACGACGACGGUGGACUCUGCGGUCAAAUUCAGCUUCAUCACGCUAGGGGCCAAGAAGAAGGAGCGGGUGAAGCCACGGAAGGACGCUCAUCUCCACAGCGUGGGCGCCGUCACGUGGAGCAUGGUGGCGCGGGAUUUCGGCCAGUCGGCGGACGUGGAGUGCCUGCUGGGGAUUUCCAACGAGUUCAUCGUGCUGAUUGAGGUAGAGUCCAAGAACGUGAUUUUUAACUGCUCCUGUCGGGACGUCAUCGGCUGGUCGUCCAGCGUCAUGAGCAUCAAGAUCUUCUACGAACGCGGCGAGUGCGUGAUGCUUUCCGCGCACGACAACUGUGGAGAGGACAUUAGAGAGAUCGUACAAAGACUUGAGAUGGUCACGCGUGGCUGUGAGACCAUAGAGAUGACCUUGCGCAGGAACGGUCUCGGUCAGCUCGGCUUCCACGUCAACUUCGAGGGCAUCGUGGCUGACGUGGAGCCGUUCGGAUACGCCUGGAAGGCUGGUUUACGUCAGGGCAGCCGGCUGGUGGAGAUCUGUAAGGUGGCGGUGGCGACGCUGACCCACGAGCAGAUGAUCGACCUGCUGCGCACCUCCAUCUCCGUCAAGGUGGUCAUUAUCCAGCCGUAUGAGGACGGAGCUCCCAGAAGGGGAUGUUCAGAGCUCUACCGCAUCCCUAUGGUGGAGUAUAAGCUGGACAGUGAAGGAACGCCCUGCGAGUACAAGACGCCCUUCAAGAGAAACACCACCUGGCACCGUGUGCCCACCAGCGGCCAGCCUCUUCCCGAUCGCAUGCCGUGCCAGCAGGUCCUCCAGCACGGUCAGACCGCCAUCCCACGCAGCACCUCUUUCGACAGGAAGCUGCCGGAUGGACCCAGGGGAUGUUCAGAGCUCUACCGCAUCCCUAUGGUGGAGUAUAAGCUGGACAGUGAAGGAACGCCCUGCGAGUACAAGACGCCCUUCAAGAGAAACACCACCUGGCACCGUGUGCCCACCAGCGGCCAGCCUCUUCCCGAUCGCAUGCCGUGCCAGCAGGUCCUCCAGCACGGUCAGACCGCCAUCCCACGCAGCACCUCUUUCGACAGGAAGCUGCCGGAUGGACCCAGGUAUCUCUUCAGUUUCAGAUGCAUGCUUUUGCGUGUCUUUCCAAAGGCGCUUUUCUAAAUAUCAGUGGAUGAGUGUAACUGUGAAUCCAUCGCCUUCCUGAAUGAAGCAGAUACAUUCAGAUUUCAUGAACUUGGGUGUUAGAAUGCACGAAAAAUACAGCAGGAUGAAGGAAGUGUGAGAGGAUCAAGCGUUUUACAAAUUGCACAAAGCAUACUGAACAAUGUAUUACAAUGAAUGCACGUUACACUCCGUACUAACGAGUAAAGUGACACGUUACCUUUUGAUUUUACAUUAAUA